AUGUCUUCGCAAGUCCGCGGAUCACGCCCUAAUCAGGAACGGCGCAACGCAAGGGAACGCAAUCGAGUUCAUCAGGUGAACCAUGGUUUUGAUUUGUUACGGAAUCGAGUUCCAAAGGCUGGAAUCAACAAAAAGCUCUCGAAGGCCGACACUUUGCGGGAAGCCGUCAGAUACAUUCAAUACCUACAAAGUUUGCUGCUUUCUGAUGGUGGAAUGAACCAAGCAGAGUACAUGUCACCAUCGUGCUCCGUUAACCAGUCACUCUACCAACAAUCGGAAAUGGAAUUCGACGUCUACUUCCCUUCGGAAUCAUCCGCAAAUAUGUCUCAACAGACCAGUCCAGCGCUAUCUGCGUACGGAACUCCUCAGAUACCUCCCGCCUGCCAUCCAGGUGUUCGUCCUUCUCCUUGA